CGCGACGGGAAUAUCCUAGCCGGUCUUCGCGGAGAGAAGCGAUGGCGUCUAGCAGUAACUGGCUGUCCGGAGUGAAUGUUGUGCUUGUGAUGGCAUACGGGAGCCUGGUAUUUGUACUGCUGUUUAUUUUUGUGAAGAGACAAAUCAUGCGCUUUGCAAUGAAAUCUAGAAGGGGACCUCAUGUCCCUGUGGGACACAAUGCUCCCAAGGACUUAAAAGAGGAGAUUGAUAUUCGACUAUCCAGGGUUCAGGAUAUCAAGUAUGAACCCCAGCUCCUUGCAGAUGAUGAUACAAGACUACUGCAGCUGGAAACCCAAGGGAAUCAAACAGGUUGCUACAACUAUCUGUACAGGAUGAAAGCUCUAGAUGCCAUCCGUGCCUCUGAGAUCCCAUUUCAUGCUGAAGGCCGGCAUCCCUGUUCUUUAAUGGGUAAGAAUUUCCGCUCCUAUUUGCUAGAUCUACGAAACACUAGCACUCCUUUCAAGGGCGUACGCAAGGCGCUUAUUGAUACCCUCCUGGAUGGAUAUGAGACAGCCCGCUAUGGAACAGGGGUCUUUGGCCAGAGUGAGUACUUGCGGUAUCAGGAGGCCUUGAGUGAGCUGGCCACUGUGGUCAAAGCACGAAUUGGGAGCUCUCAGAGACAGCACCAAUCAGCAGCCAAAGACCUAACUCAGUCACCUGAAAUGUCGCCAACAACCAUCCAGGUCACAUAUCUCCCCUCCAGUCAGAAGAGCAAACGUCCUAAGCACUUCCUUGAGCUGAAGAGCUUUAAGGACAACUAUAACACAUUGGAGAGUACUCUGUGAUGGAGCUGCAGAUGCUAACUGUGCAGUCUUCGAGCUAUCUGACUCUGCGGGCGGGCCCAGACUUACCAGCCAAUGCUUCCAUUGAAGCCAGAGUUCCUACAGAGCUGUGUCUGAAAGGUCAUUCCCCAGCCCUUUCUUAGAGGCGUUUUCAAAUAUUGGCUAAGACAUUAUUAUCUCCCAGUAGCCCUUUUUCUGGAUUUGAAUUCAAAUGACAUUAAUGUUUGUGUCAAAGCCUCCUUGAAGAUCUUUACUUGUUUUUGGCUGUAAUUCACUUACCUUGUGCAAUGCUAUUUAGUCCCAGAGUGUAAAUUGAGAUGUCUUCUAUGUCUACCCUGUUGCACUCAGUUGGAUAGAAAUAUUUGGAUUUA